CUGACAAAAAGCAUGGUGUAUAUUUGUAGUUUUCAGUGUACUUUCUGAUCUGUUUUGUUUAUUUUGUUUAAUCUGUUAAACUGUAGAAAGAAAACGAUAAAUCAUGAUCAUUAGUGUUAAACCAAAAUAGCUAAUUGACAGUGAUGCAGUUGCUUAUGCAUAUUCAAAAUUAUUUCUGUGUGAAAAAAAGAAAACCCUAACGGAACCGGACAGUAUUAUAAAGUUCCCUAAAACCGAACGUCACCUAUUUUCGACAUUAAGUACUAUUGACAACAAAAACAAAGAUAUUGUUAAAAAAAACAACCCUACACUAAAGGACCAGCAUAUACCAUCACCAAAACAGAGGCCAAUGGCUUUGACUGUUGAAAAGCUCCUGAAUGAUGCCAACACAUUAAUAACACGGCUAAAAGAUGAUGAUUUUACAGCUGAAAGGCUUAUCGGCAGUAUGCAGGCACUCAAUAACAGGAUAGAUGCCAUGAAACAGUACCAAGAUGACAUCACUGAACUGAACGAGAUUGCCAAACAUCGGCCACGCUCCACUCUGGUUCUUGGCUUGGCUCAGGAGAAUCGGCAGAUAAGAGAACUGCAGCAGGAGAACCGGGAACUGAAGAUGUCGCUGGAGGAACACCAGUCCGCGAUGGAGCUCAUCAUGAAGAAGUAUCGAGAGCAGAUCGGGGAUCUCAUAAAUAGCAACCAAGUUGAGAAACUCAUCUCACAGCAGAGAGACGAUUCAAAGGAUGAAGUUUUGAGAUUGCUGGGCAAAAUUGACGAGAUGGCCAGCGUAAUGCAGAGUGCCGUGAAGGUGGACGACCAGCAGAUCAUACGGGACCAGGAACAAAUCAGACAGCUUCAGCUUGAGAACCAGACCCUGCGAGAAAUCCUCCAAGUCAGCUCUGGACCAAACAACACCGGUUCCAUGCCUGGACCAUCGAACAAAUAUUGAAAUAAUGGAACUGAAAUGUUAUUACUGUACCACUAAGAGAGAGAGAGAGCCAGGUAGUCCCAAGUCAGAAGGAGGGGGGGGUCAGUGAAUAUAAUAGCUUGGUUUGAUCCCCCUCAUAAUAUGAAAUUGUUUGCCCACCUAUAUGCUGAGACUUGUGGGCCCCGAUUUGGCACUUGAUGGAUCUGGGUUUUUUUAAUAACAACAAAAAUUCUUGAAGUGGACUUGAGACAAAAUCUAACUGGGAAAUUGUAGGAGCAUGCAACUUUAAUCUGAAGAAACAUUAAAAAGUACAGGAAAUGUUUUUAUUUUAAAAUUAAAACAAAAUCUAAAGUUGGCUGAAGAGAAAAUUAUAUUGUUUAUAAUAAUAGCACAUUCAGACUGGCCUCCAAUUUUGAAAUAAUAUCUUAAAUAUUCUAAAUAAUUGUGGCACAUAACAUGAAUACAGUGUGAAUAGUUUAUUUUAAUUUAACCCGUUUUUAAUCAUGAGAAUUUGUGAAGACUUUUGCUGUGAUGGAGGAUGCAGUACAUGUUCUUGAUGUACUGGUACAUACAAUAUUUAAAAUAUAGGUUUUACAACAGACUGACCUAUGAUGUUGAAAAAAACCUACAUUCAUCUAAAGAGCAAUAAAAUAUAUAGGUUUGAAAUAAGUGUAUGAUGCAGUGGAAAUUCUUGGUUUAAAAAUGUGUAACCAAAUUCAUUUAACUAAACCUGAUUCAACACUAUAAUGACUCAUUAUGCAUGCUCAUUCUUGAUUAAUGUGUUGACAAAUGUGUUAAAUUAUGCAUGGUGAUAAAGGAAUAAUUGUUGAAAUUACGAUACAGCAACUUUUGGGUUUUUUAAUUUAUUUUGUGUAAGUGAAGAAAGUUCUGGAGUGAUGAUUGACCAGUGUCAAAUGUUUACUUCAGUUUAAAUUCAGCCCCCCACCUCGCCCCAUGGCCUGGAGAUGCCUUCUUCCAUUUCUUCAGUUCCAUACACUACAAAACCUGGACAUACUGAGUUUGUUUAUCAUGCAAAACCAAGCAUGAACAAUACUUUUUAUAAACAAAUACAUGAUUAUAGUGUAUAGCUGGGUGUGGGAGGGAGGUUGCUGACAGGUGUAUUAAUGUUACCAAAUACGGUCUAUUGUAUCAUGGUUGAAAUCUGAAGUUUAAAAUGUUUUAUUAAUGAACUUAAAUUGUUGUUUGUCUUAAAUAUAUAAAAUGGACAUAAUUUCAGCUCCUGCAGCAGUAUCCAGUACUUUGGGGUUAGGAAGGGGCAAGUGAGAAUUUUCAAAAAGCAUACAUGUUUAGGGGGCUUCUUUAUGGAUGACCUGUAAUGUAUGAACCAGUCUGUGGUGUCCUGUCCACUGUCAUAGUACAACCGGACUGUUCAUUAAUAUGCAAUGACUUCCAACCUGCACGCUGGCUAGUGACAUCCAGUUCAAUUGCACAGACUAUUCAUCUGAAACUAGACUGCCACAUCAGUUUAGCAAAUGUUACAAUAUUUGCAUUUAGGAACUUUAUUAAUCAUUUACACCAAUUAAAUUUUGUAACAUUGGUCGCCUACCAGUCCAACCAUAUAGGACUGUAGGAUACAUCUUCGUCUGUCCUUCAGUAUGUCUCAAACAUAGUUUUGCAGAAUUUAUUUUCGCUGUAUAUAUCAAGAUAUUGAGCUAAACUUUUGUGUAUAACUUGAUCAUGUAGAGUUACAGAUCUAAUUUGACUUUCAUGGGGAUUUGUCUAUAUUUGACACUUAUAGCCCUGAAAAUUUAGAGAAAUAAAAUUGUUUUGGUCUCUGUGGGGGGUGGGGGGCAUAUUUUGUUUUAGUAGUACUCUCAGAAUGCUAUAUGUUUUUUUAAAGAACAUUUACAAAAUUUAAAUAGCUGACUUAUCCAUGUAUCAAAAGUCAAGAUAAAAAUAUAAGGUAUUACUAAACCUUUUUGGUUAAGUAUAAUGAUGCCUGCCCUGAGUUUAAACAGGACAGAAAAUAUAGUUUAAAUAUGAAAUUUAAUUUAUUUUAUUUUAGCAUACAAAAUAAAGGCUUUUAUUUAUAAGCCUGUUGUCAGUUUUUUUGCAAAUUUAUUAUGAGAUAUAUUUGACAAUUGCCACUUUAAUAUUUGUAUUUGACGAAUGACAGCUUAUAUAUUGUCUAUUAAGUUAUUAUUGUAAUAAUAACAGCAGUCUGUCUUUGUUACAAAUUGUUUUCUAUAACAUGUAAUAAAAUAUUGUUAC